GCUUUUCGCGUACAAUAAUAAUAAGUUGAUUUUCAUCGUACAUAUAUCGUGGGAACCACCGAAAACAAACACAAGAAAAAAAACGAAUCAAUUCAAUUUUUUGUUGAUGUUAACUUUCAGUUUGUUUCUGUGUUGCUGAUUUUGUGUUCGUGAUUGAUAUAUCUAAGGAAGAUACGAACGAAAAAAUUCCAAGUGUCUAAUCGAAAGUUUCAAUUUAUCCGUACGAACAAAAGGCAAUUUUUUCUUCAUUCUCGCAGUGCACAAUAAAGCGAUAACAAGCAAAGACAUGUCAAACAAAAACCAAAUACCAUAGACAGAAAGUGGGGAGAAACGCAUAGAAAAAAAUAAAAAAACAAAUUCGGUCUUAUAUAUCGUUGAAGUGAAGAAAAGAAGAAAUUAUUUACAGAAUUGCAUCGUCCGUUUAUAUUUUUUUCGAAAAAUAAAUCCGAUUUUUUGGUUGAAAAUAAGAAAAGAAAAGUAUUUUGGUAUAGAAAGUAAAGGAAAACAAUUUCACAAACAUGAAAACUGCAAUUAAAUGUAAGUGAAACUUUUUCGUAUUGAAAAAAUAAACAACACAAACGAAGCCAGUUUGACGUGAUAUAUCUGUUCGAAUUCUAAGUCAAUUAUUUCAUUUUACGUGCAUGUUUUACCAAUCAAUUCCAAAGUGAACGAAAAAAUAUGACGCAUUUCAAGCAGAUACUCUAUGCCACACGACUCAUUUUCAUUUGAAAUGUCAGUGUUUUUUUUUGCAUUGUUGUUGAUAAUAUGAAAAAAAUAUAUUGUGUGUUUCAAUUCAAUUGAAAUUGGUUGAGAGACCUAUUUUGCGCUUGGCUCGAAAAAAAGGCAUGAGAAAAAUAAACGUACCUCUGUACUGGGGAGGCGUUGUGUGUUUUCAAGCAAUAUAUCGUGCACCAAAUUACUCAUUAGUUGACUGAAAGGGAUUAAAAGUCCAAUUGGCAACAGCUUGUACAAUUUAUUGACUUGUGUGUUUUUCCAAAUAAAAUCAAGUUGAAGUUUGUGUUGUUGCUGUUGUUUCGGUGCUCUAGAUCUUGAUUAUUUAUUAAAUGGGCUCAUAAAUAUCGUAUGAAAGCUAACAGCCCUUUCUGCUGUCUAGCAUUGAUUUCGAUGGGAAAGUUUAAACCAAUACCAAUAUGAAAUUGAAUUUCUCGGACCGUGGAUAAUAAUGCAUAACCAUAGUUUAUUUUCUCUCUCUUCGUGUUCUUUAUUCUGAACCAAAAAAAAAAACAAAACGAACAAAAGUGACACAUACGGUUAGAAUGCCUUCGGUUUCGUUCUUUUUUUUCGAACGCAUAUACGCUUAAUGCGGUCGUAGUCCUUAAAUAGAUAGUUUUGAUGAAAGUCAAGUAAAUGGGAAAAAAUUGUUAUUGGCAAUAGAAGAAGAAGAAGAAAAGUAUUUCAACAGCAGAUUAACAGAGACAGUAAAAAGAGAAACACAGCCACACCGACGGGCGAAGUAACGGUGAAAAAACGGGCGACGCAGACAACAACUGUGCAAACUACCAAUGAUAUCGAAAACGAAUGUAGUGGAAGCGACAACAGCAACAACACAAACAACGAUAUCAUACAUUCGAAGCAGUAGCUGAAGCAUUUUGGCUGACCAAGCACAACCAACCGCUCCAUAAAUCUAUGUGAACAUGGCCGAAAAUGUAAAUAGAAACAGUCAAGGAUAUCAUCAGCUAAACAUUACAAUUGAACAAGCAUCGUUGCGGAAUAACGGAAUAUUUAAGCCAAAUCCAUACGUUGAGAUAUCGAUCGAUAACAAUAGUCCGAGAAAAACGGACAUCAUCAAACACACAUAUUUACCAACAUGGAAUGAAAGUUUUACGGUUUGCGUAACGCCAUCGUCCGAAAUUACAUUUCGUGUACUGGACCGAUCGAGCUUUUUAAAGGAUGCACUGUUGGGCGAACGUAUUGUGCCGUUGGCACAGAUUUUAGAGCAUUAUCAUGGUCGUUGUGAUAAUUUAGAAUUAGUUAUGGAUCUAUUGGGAUCGUUAAAACCAGAAGGCCGAACAAAGAGCGGCGAACUUGUUGUGGUAUUGAAUGGAUUGAAAAUUGAAAAUAUGCCAACGACGGCAGCCGUUCAUCAUGCGAACGGUGUUAGCAAUGGUUUGAGUAUUACUUCCAGUGCGACCAACAGUAGCAGCAACAAUACUAGUAAUGGAAGUGCAAUCAAUUGUUCUGCGGAUCCAAAUGCAUGUAUGAAUGGUCGCAGCAGUAUUUUGUGUGGUGGCAUACGGGCUCGGAUGCGUUUGCGAACGAAUAAUCAAAAUUUGUCCACUGCAUCGAAUGGUCAUUCGAUUGCCGGGCCAUCGCUCAGUGCUGAUGGAUCGUAUAUGUUGGGAGCGAGAAGCACAAAUGAUUUACGGAAUACGCGAUUAACGCCAAACGAUCCAAAUAAUCGACGCCACAAUGAAUUUCCCGAUGGCCAACAGCACAGCCGCAGUGUGGGAAAUCUUGGGAUUACAAACAUCUCAUGUGGACCAAGUACGAGUCGAAGCGGUGGCUUGAGCUGGGAUCCAUCGCAAGCAUUGGUGCCAUGCAACGGCGCAUCGCCGAAUCAACGGAACUUUAUGCAUCCAAAUGUACCACAAAAUCCACCGACUUCGUCCGAAGAAUCGAUGCCGCCACCAAAUCAGUCUAAUCAGCCAGUCAGUCCUGGCCAACCAAAUGGUGGCACACCAGCACCCAUUUCAAAUGCCGGAGAUCAACAGUUGCAAACUCAAACGUCCACCGAUGAUGAACCACUCCCCAGUGGAUGGGAAGUUCGAUUCGAUCAGUUUGGAAGACGUUAUUAUGUGGACCAUAACACACGUAGCACAUACUGGGAAAAACCAUCACCGCUGCCACCGGGAUGGGAAGUCCGACGAGAUCAACGCGGUCGCGUUUAUUACGUAGACCACAACACACGUACAACAUCAUGGCAACGACCAAACAGUGAACGUUUAAUGCACUUUGCAACUUGGCAAAACCAGCGAUCGCAUGUGGUAUCACAAGGCAACCAACGGUUCUUGUACCAAACAUCACAGCCCGCUGCUGGUGGUACUGGUGCUACAGCAACAGAUGACGAUGAUGGCUUGGGUCCAUUGCCAGAUGGCUGGGAACGAAGAGUUCAACCAGACAACCGAGUGUAUUUCGUCAAUCACAAAAAUCGCACCACACAAUGGGAAGAUCCACGCACCCAGGGCCAGGAGGUGAGUUUAAUAACUGAAGGACCAUUGCCAACCGGAUUUGAAAUCCGAUACACGGCAACAGGUGAACGGUUCUUUGUGGAUCAUAAUACACGGACGACAACAUUCGAAGAUCCACGGCCUGGAGCGCAAAAGGGUGUUAAAGGUGUUUAUGGUGUGCCACGAGCGUACGAACGAUCAUUCCGAUGGAAACUUAGUCAAUUCCGUUAUUUGUGUCAAAGCAACGCAUUACCGUCUCACAUAAAAAUCACGGUGACACGUCAAACGCUGUUCGAAGACUCAUAUCAUCAGAUAAUGCGAUUGCCAGCGUAUGAGUUGCGACGACGACUAUACAUAAUAUUCCGUGGCGAAGAGGGUCUUGAUUACGGCGGUGUGUCACGUGAAUGGUUCUUCUUGUUGUCUCACGAAGUGCUGAAUCCAAUGUAUUGUCUCUUUGAAUAUGCCAAUAAAAAUAAUUACAGUUUACAAAUAAAUGCGGCGAGCUAUGUGAAUCCCGAUCAUCUGCAGUAUUUCAAGUUCAUUGGACGAUUCAUAGCGAUUGCAUUGUUCCAUUCCAAGUUCAUUUAUUCGGGCUUUACGAUGCCAUUUUACAAACGUAUGCUCAAUAAGAAACUCAUAACCAAGGACAUUGAAACAAUCGAUCCGGAAUUUUAUAAUUCGCUGAUUUGGGUGCGUGACAAUAAUAUCGAUGAGUGUGGUCUUGAACUAUGGUUUAGCGUUGAUUUCGAAGUUCUUGGCCAAAUAUUGCAUCAUGAGCUGAAAGAAGGUGGCGACGCGCUGCGCGUUACCGAAGAAAAUAAAGAGGAGUACAUUGGCUUGAUGACUGAAUGGCGAAUGACAAGAGGCAUCGAACAACAGACAAGAACAUUCUUGGAAGGUUUCAACGAAGUAGUACCGCUAGAAUGGCUGAAAUACUUCGACGAACGUGAAUUGGAAUUGAUGCUGUGCGGAAUGCAAGAAAUUGAUAUCGAAGACUGGCAACGAAACACAAUCUAUCGCCAUUACAAUCGCAACAGCAAACAAGUCGCAUGGUUUUGGCAGUUUGUUCGAGAAUCAGACAACGAAAAGAGAACACGGCUAUUGCAAUUCGUUACCGGAACAUGUCGUGUACCUGUUGGUGGUUUUGCUGAAUUGAUGGGUUCAAAUGGUCCGCAACGUUUUUGCAUCGAAAAAGUGGGCAAAGAUACGUGGUUACCGCGAUCACACACCUGUUUCAAUCGCCUCGAUUUGCCGCCAUACAAAAGCUACGAUCAAUUGGUCGAGAAACUAAACUAUGCCAUCGAAGAAACCGAAGGAUUUGGCCAAGAGUGAACAACGCAUGCAAUCCGCGUAUAAAGAUAUCAAAAAUUAAGUGACGUAAAUAUUGGAAUUUGUUUGAACAAAAUAGGAAGAAAGAGAAUAUGUGUAUUGAAUGCAAAUUCUAGCGAAUUUGUGCGUUUCUAUAUGGUUUGUUUUAGUGAAAAUGUAUAUAAACAAAAGAAAUUUAGUGCAAGCUGUAUAAAUAUUAGCAUCCCGAACGGAACAAAAAAAAAAACAAAAAUAACGUGUGAAGAACAGUGAAUAUUUUUUUUAAAAGAGAAGAAUCUAUACAUAUUGCUUAGAAGCGGCUAUUGGCCGUAAUAUACAUAGUAUCGACUGGAACGAUUUAUUCGAUGGGACAUGAAAAAUCAAGUGUGUGGAUGCAAUAAAUUGCGUAAAAAAAGACAAAUUCGACAAUUUGUAUUUUCCAUUGUAUAAACAACAAAUACUUCUUGGUUAUUACCAGUAAAAUCGUUCGUUUCGCAAAGACAAUGUGUAUAUUUCGGUCAAUUUCUGAUAGGAAAUUCUUGUAAGAAAUAAUCUUGACUUUCACCACCAUAUGAAACAAAAUGAAAAUAUGUGAUGAACAAACUAGCAACAAAAAAUUAUGAGAAAAUAAAGAAAAAAACCCACAAAUCAGUAUAACUCAAAAGCAAAAA